ACUGAGAUUUUAAUUGCUUGUUCACACCGCAAUAAUCCGUUAGUCGUCCGUUAGUCGUUAGAAAUUUCUAAUCUAGAUUGAUUGCUAAGAUGCGUUGCACAAUCACAUCAAGUCUUUCCAAACACAACAGUCGAUAGAAAAUCAACGGACAUCUCGCUGAGGCAGCUGAUCGCCGGCCGGCGGCGUGAAGAACCGGAGUCAGAUCGUCUCUCCGUGGUGCCCGUGCACGCAAGUACACUCGCCAGCGACAUAAAUGAUCAACACGGCACUGCCUAUUGACGUCCGUGGUAGGCGUGGCUUCACCACAGCCGAUAGAGGGAUAUAUUUACCGCGCGCACGACUUUUCUCUCUCGUGCGCCAACGCAACGCAACGCAACGUAACGCCGCAACGCAAGAAACGGGGAGGCUCUCCUCUCCGCUGUUCUCUUUCUCUCCCGUCCGCGGCGAUUGACAAUGUGUACAUACUUGCAGCGCGGCAGCGUUGAGAUCGGACGCGACGACGAGCGGUGCAUCGUACGGUGCGCGAGCAUAACUUCUCCUCGGCACGAGGGUUGACUUGUUCCUCGUCCGUCAUCAUCGUCAACGUUAAGUCUUCAGUCAUCGCCGUCGUUGUCGUCAUCGUCUACGUCUCUGUGUGCGCGAUCCCGUGGACUGUGUUUAUUUCGCGGCGCUGCCUGUGCGUGCAUUAGCAGGGCUGGCGCUUUCCCCGAAAGGUGCGAGGCGGAUAACGCUCCGACGGUAAGAUCGGAAGAGGGGUGGUGAGAAGAGGAGGACGGACAGCGAGAUCAGCGUGACAGAAGGAGAGAGAAAGAGUGAGUGAGAUAGAGGUGCAUCCACGAGCGACGGCCGACGGACCGAUCGCGAGCCAGUUAAGAGUGUGGUGCGGGCGCAGUAGUGUGCGAGUGCGUGCGAGCGAGCGACGUGCGCGGUCGCCGUCGAUCGUCGCGCGGUCGCGGGUGCUGCCAGUGGCUCGUCCGUCGCCGUUGCCGUUAUUCGUCGUGUCGUGGUCAGUGCAGUGGGGUGCGGGUGUCGACAGGCUGUAACGCGUACCGAAACGCGCCUUUCGUAGCUGUCGUAGAUCGUCGUCACCGCUCAUACGACGACCAUCGCGGUGCCAAUAAUUACGCGCUGACGAAGACCGAGACCAGCUUUCCAAGACAACACCUAAUCGUCCCGGCUGUGAGAAUGGCAGGCAACGGCGUCCCGGUCCUCCUGAUCACCGCCAACGUCGGCAGCAUCUUCGAAGAGCCUAGUGUCAUGCUAAAGAUAUGGACGGAAGAAUUUUUAUCCACCAUAUCGAGGCUGGAUCCGAAAUUUAUAGCAUUGCACUGCCAAGAAGUAGGUGGAAAAAAUUACGAGCAGAGUAUGAGGCACGUGGAAGACUUCGUUAGAUUACUUAUGUCGUCGGAAGAACUGAGAUUGUUUGACAAAAUCAGGGUAUUCCUUGAUGAGGAUUAUUCAUCCGCUGAACAUUUUACAGCUUUAGGAAAUUUCUACUUUGUUCAUGAGUCCUUAAGCGAUGUUUUAUUAUGGGAUUUUAAUGAGUGUACUUUUGUACCCGUAAGUGGAAAAGAAGUACAUUCGGGCAACAUAGAAGCAGUCACAACCAAAGAAAAAGCUAAGUUCCCUCAAGAAUUUUUCCCAGAAUGCAAAUGGUCCAGAAAGGGUUUCCUGCGAACGCGAUGGAGUAUUAGUGGAACCAUUUUUGAUCUCAUAAACAUACACUUAUUUCAUGACGCGAGCAAUUUUAUUGCUAUGGAGACGUUUCCAUCGGUGUACAGUAAAACGCGCAGAAGAGCGCUCGAGCACACGUUAGAUAGAUUUCAUAACGACAAAUAUCCAAAUGUGCCGUAUUUUUUAUUUGGUGACUUUAAUUUUAGGACGGACACAGCAAGUGUGAUAAAGAAACUGACAGAAGAUACUCGAGAAAAAAAGUUAUCGAAUAAGGGAAAUAUUUCGAAACUACAAUUUCACAAUAGAGAUGACGAUCUCGUAUUAACACUAGGGAAAAAGGAAUUUUCGCAUCACGAGCAUCAGAAUGUUUUCAUGAAGAACGGCAGUGAAUGGUUACGCGAGUAUGACAAAGAACUGGGGGACUUCGAUGGCAGAUUGUUCGAAUUUCCAAUCAACUUUGUACCCAGUUAUCCGUUUCAAGAAGAUGUUAACGAGCCCGUAAAUUACAUGCAAACGAGAGUGCCAGCUUGGUGCGACCGGGUUUUAUUGAGCCCCAGUGCGAAAGCGCUAGUCCAAGAUAUAGAUGAUUCCGAGGCGAUGGAGUACAGCAUAAUCGGCCAAACUACAUGCAUGGGUGAUCAUAAGCCAGUCUACUUGAAGGCUGAUCUCAUCUCGGACGCAGGUAUGAUAGACUGCUGCAACUUGCCAAUUGCACCCGAGUUUUGCUUCCGAGUGCCCAACAAUUAUCCAGAGUUGUUGUCCAUGUUGCCUGAUUGCAAUAGUUAUGCUAACGCGCGUGCGGAUUUUGUUGAUUCGUCUAAUCUGUUGCACGCAAUACCCGUUAAGCAUGAUCCCUACACACCAGAUAGUAUGGAUAGUCCGAGUCCGAACGCGGUGAUGGCCUCCGGGGAGGUGCCCGAUCUCGACGCGGAUCACAUCGGCGGCGAGAACGCGUUGUCCGCGCCGCGAUCGACUCACACGUCGAACGUGUCGAAGCGGCACAUCGAUCGCGCCGUAUCGCCGGCGUUACUCAAGUCCAGACUGGAGCUGAUCGUGCAAAAUAAGAAGCACGAGGACACGGAGCUGGACACUUCGGACAUCAAGAGGAGCCCGAGCGAGUGCCAUCUGCGCACUUGGCCCGAUGCCGAGGAUCGGCAAUGGUGUGUGAGGAAAAACAGAUGCAACAGCGACGUGUCGUGGCAACGGUCCCACGUUCUAACCGAGGCGUGGAUUCAAGGCAGAGGUCAGCAGGGCUAUCACUCCUUCAGCAAUUUCGCCAAUCGGUCGUCCUCGAACUCGAGUCCGCCGGACAUCGUCGACGGCGUACCGCCCGAUCUGAUCAUACCGCGAAUAGCCAUAAUAAACCCGAGCAAUUUCGAGUCGAACGAGAGCUCCGUGUACUUCCACGACGACAGAUUGAGCAAUUAUUCGGAGAACAAGCUGAGCGCUUAUUCGGACGGCCGCACGAAAACGCUGAGCGGCGAGGCCGUGAGCUCGGAGAAAUCGGACGAGAUCGGUGACAAGACGGACGAGGAGGUGAGCAACAUACUGAGCCCGGCGGAAAGAAUAGUGGAGAUUACGGAAAAGACCAUCUAUUCGAAAGGCCACAACGAAUCGGUGUCGAAUAGAGAAUUGUACUUCGGCAAGGACGGCAGAGAAUUCGUGGAGGAAUGCGACAUGUGCAAAGAGACGAAGUGUCAAAUAAUAGAAGCGCAGGCUGUCGUGAGAAGUGCACCUUACGCGAAAAACGAAGCUCUUUCCGAUAGGACGAGUGACAAACUGACCAUGGAACGCCACGUUCCGGACGAAUCCUCUUUAAAACAAAAUAACUCGCGGUACACCGAAAUCCUGUUAGAGAAUCAACCGACUUCUCGAGCGUUCCGCAUGUUAAACCUCUAUAAAGCCAGCACGGAUCCGGCUAGGACAAACGCGAAAAUCAGCGGCGCGCCGUACAACAGUUCCGGCGCGGAAACGGAGCUUCUCAGAAAUCAAGAUCGCGAUGUGAUAAAGAUAUGCUCGGAUAUACACGCAGAUCAUGCGGUAAGUCACGACGCGGAGAUUAUCAGCUGCGAGAGCAAGCAAAAAGUGUGCACCUCGAAAGACAUUACGAGAAGCAACUCGGCGCACAGUCAGGAUAUCAAUGAUCACGCAGGAAGUAUCAGAUUGAAGUUGAAAGCUUACAAAGUCACUGAACGAUACAAAAGCAACAUUAUCGGCAGGCGGACUAGAUGUAGAAAGUGUUGUUGUGUAGUAUCGUGAGAGCUCGCUUUAAUCUGCAUCCUAGAAUCUGUGUAUAAUGUUCCUCGUUUAUUUAUCGUAUUGUCGCAGCCGCGCCGAAUCGAAAGCGGAAAAUACCGAAAUAUCGAAUUCCUCCUAUCGGAAAAAUGUUCACGCGUGUCUCAUGUUUCUUGUUGGAGCGAAACUUAAUAUUUUUCCGCUCUCGAUUCGGCGCGAACGCGCGACAAAAUAUAUCAUCGCGAUAUACAUGUUUUGUCGCGCGUUCGCGACAAAACAAUGGCGAUCGGGUAUCCUUUUUUUUUUUCUACUUACGAUUCUACAGAGUAUUCCUUUGAUAAACUUUAUUUCCUUAUUUUCGUGUCGUUCUCGUGACAUGCUAAGUAGUAAACGAGAUAGCGUCUUUAGUCACAUCACCAUUGUAGUGUAAGACUAUAAUUUAUUUUCAGACGAUGCGCAUAUUGUUUUUAAUCGUGCCUAAAAGAACGCGAUAUAUUUUCGGACAUGCGAUUCGUCGAUCGUAUAAAUGAGCACUCCUGUAAUAUUUGAAGGAAUCGCAUAUUGCGAAAGCGGGUAGACACUUUGCAUAUUUAUCGUUGACAUAAAACGACAUAAACGUGACGCAAGAAAAGUGAAGAAUAUCAUUUUAGUCGGUUGACGGUUUUCUCGCUUGCGUCUCGCGUUCCGUCGUGAGAUAUGAAUUUUCGUACUCCACUUUGCAUGUCGUGAGAAACGUUCUGACGUAAAGCGUUGUGUGCAUGUGCAUGGUACUCUAAUGUCCGAGGUUCUGUCACAUGUUUCUUAGGAAAAAUGCCCGAGUGAUACAAAACUGUUCAUGUUUUUUUCGCCGUUGUAGCCGUUGUACGAAUUUAUAACCAGUAUAAUCACAUUACGUAAUGUCACAUGAUUUAGAGUACGGAGAAUAGUGAUAUAAUUACGCCGCUGUACAAUGUCAUACAAUACGUACAGACUGAUAAAAUCGUUACCAGUAUACACAAUGCACUUUUACCGAGCAGUGCUAUUAUUAUCCUACUAUGCUAUUUUAUAUAAAGUCGAUCGUGUGCCCAGAUCCUUGAUAGGCACGGUUAAGUGCUCGUUUUCAAGGAGAUUGUUACCUCGCAGUGUUCUUGUCUUUAAUUAUAUUCUCUUACGUUGUACGCUAUGAACGAUUGUUACAAAUUUCAUUUUAGAUUUAUAGACGACACGUAUAUAUACAUACAUACAUACCUAUAUAUAUAUAUAAAGAUUUUAUUUAUUAUAUGAUCGCACUGUCCUCUCGUAAUUCAAUAGUAUUGUCAUCGUAUCGUUUGUGUCGUUCCAACAUUUUACGCUCGUAUCACGUAUUCCAUGUUGUAGAGACAAAGAUUUUAUGGUGAUGCCGCAAAAAAUCGCAUAUUUUUUUUUUUUCUUUCCUUUUUUUAGAACAUACGCGAACAUAUUGUACUGCGUUUUCGCCAGGAACAGAUCUGUCCAUUGGAUUCUUUUUAGAAGAGCGUUUUAAGUGGAUUACUGCCAAAGUUAGAUUCAAUGUAGCUUGUUAAGGAGAUAUUAAUUUAUGUGACGAAUGUCGGUUGCGCGAGAGAACGACGGAGAAGAAAGGAGGGGAUGGAGAUUUGCUUCGUUUAAUUUAUCGUUGUUACUGUAUUGUUGAGACGAUCGUCAUUAAAUUCAAGCUUUUGGUGUUACAUACGAACGAACAUGCCAUUAUUUCGAAGUCAUAAAUGCGCAUGGGAAGUCAUUAGCCGUAUAUAUAUAUAUAUUGCGUGAAUCGGAUUCGACGUAAAGAGAAAUACGCUGAGGGUUUCUCGGCGACGCGAAAGACGCGAAAGUUUGAGCUUACUUGUGAUGUUAAUGCACAUUACUCCAUGCCGCGAUCAUUAGCGCUUCAUUUCCACGAUCCUUUGCCGACAGGAAGACACGAGAGCGCAGAGGUAUAUAUCGUCGAUGUGUAGACAAAACGGUGAAAUUAUUUCGAUCAGGACGAUUUUCGCACAGCGGGAUUCGAUGAGAGAAUAACAAUUCGAUACUUGAUUAGUCACGAGCUUUUUGUUCAGAGUUUCCUCGCUAAGCGUGGAGUAAUGUGACAAUUGUGACUUAAUGUUAUACCUCUCCGCGUUCGAAAUGGAAUUCGAUGCGGAAUCCGCUUCGCAUCUACCACAGCAAUUGUCCGAGGACCGUAUCAAUCGACUUUCAUUUGCCAUAUUAGUUUUAAAACGAUGAGAAUCUGCGCGUACGCGUGACGGAGAACCGAGCGCAGAUUCCGACGCUGUUGUACUGCAUUUUUGUUUUAUUUUCUAUCGCGUAGGCUGAUUUAAAAUGUACCGUGCAUUCCUGCCGUGUCGGGAUGCGCGCCGUGUAAAUAGCUCACCGACGAGACCUUAUAUAUUGCCCUAUUUUGUAAAUAUAAAUUUAUUUUUCAUACAUAUGAA